UCUGCUAUGUUUCCCAACACUCACUCAGAAAAAUGAUACAUUUGGAAGGGGUCAGCAGAAGGAGUCCAUUUGGGAGUUGUCAUGAGGCUCUGGGGUCAGAGACACUGAUGUGGUCUUGGAGCCUGUGGCCAAGGCUCCCUGUAGUCAGGACUUUCCCAGGCCCUCAGUCAGUGCCCAGCUUCAACACCUGGCACUCACACCACACCCUCAUCCCCACCCCAAGUGCAGUCAUGCUUUACCUUUACCUUCACCUUGGCCCAGUGUGCUCUGUUUUGUGUUUUUUUCUUUUUUGACCACACCACGCAGCGUGCAGGAUCCUAGUUCCCCAACCAGGGAUCGAACCCGUACCCCCUGCAGUGGAAGCACAGAGUCCCAACCACUGGACCUCCAGGGAAGUCCCGGCCCAGUGCACUCUGGAGAGGGACCCUUUACUUGCAGCUAGUGCAGUUAACUCUCAUGCUACUUGCUGACUCACACAGGCAAGCAGGCCUACAACUGUCCCCACAGUGGGAGGUGCUUCAGCCGGAGGCCACUAGUAGACCCACCAGCUUGGUACCAUGGCCCUCAGGGUCUGACCCAGGGGUGCAACCUCUGCCCAAGGUUCUUCUCCAGGAGAGUCCAGACCCCCCCUGCGAGCUUUCAGCACUACCCAGGGCUCUUCCAGUGUGUGAUAGGGAUGGGCACUGACAGGUGACAAAAAGCCAUCACUCUUAGUGGAAAUUUUCUAAUUUCUUUUGUGUCCUUCAGGGGGCCUGAGAGGCUAAGAGAACUUGCUGGGGUUGAGCCCCUGGGCAACUCUGCACCCUUAGUCCUUACCCUCCACGGACCACCCUACAACAAGCCUCUCUCCUUGGCCAGGCUGACCCCUCCCAAGUUUAUGUCUCCCCCUUCCCUCCUGCUGAGAUCAACUCUUUACUUGCCCAGCUGCCCUAGGGAGAAGCAGCCACUGGAUACAGGGUGUCAGGCGGAAGCCUCAGGGGGGCCUUUGGAACGAGGCAAACAGACAAGAGCUCCAGAGUAGACCCCAGAGCUGCUGAAGAUGUGAAGUGCAUGUCCAUGAAGUGUGUGAAAUGCUGUGACUGAUUUAAGUGGCCAAAGGAAAAAUAUCAAGGCUUCUUAGGGCAGGGUAUUUAUGAAGGCUUGUGGGAAGCACAGACUAGACAGUCAAUAAAUGCGUCCGGUGAGAGAGAGGGUUUGGAGGUAGAAAUGAUGGAGAGAGUUGGUGCCAUUUGCUAAGACAAAGACCCCAGGAGGGGCAGGUUAUGGGAAGAAAGGGAUGAGUUCAGUUUGAGCCACGCAGAGUCCUAGGUGCUUGUGGGCCAUCCAUGCCGGGGCAAGUUGGCAGGUGGCUCUGUGAUCAGGAGCUCAGGAGCCAAGCUUGAGCUAGAGGUAAAUAGAUGUUCGGGAGACGUCCUGUAGGGCAUGUCGGGGGAGCGUAAGCUUACAGAAGGAGGGUCCUUCCGACCUUUCUCAGACCUCACCCUACUCUUCCCCAGUUGCCCCCACGACCUCCUGAAACAGAAGCUCCCAUAAUUUCAGGCUCUAUCAAGCUUCCAGUAGAGAAGGUUCUUUUACCCGCUCCAUUGUUUUUACCCUUAACACUGGGGGAAGCCUGCUGUCACCCAGUGAUGGGCCAGCGACGAAAUUGAACGUCUGAAUUAACAGCGCGGAGCGGCCUGGGGUCUGGGCUGGAGGUCGCUGUUCCAAACCUGGGCGGGGCCGCGGCUGCGCCUCCAGCGCGGCGGGCGCGGGGACCCGGCGGGGAAGCCGGGCCGCCGCGCCUCUGGGGCCGGGCGCCAAGCUCUGGGGAACGCCGCCUCCGGGAUGGUGGCAGCGCCUCCUCGGGCGCCUGUAGCCGCCGCGGCCAUGUUGGCUGAGGGCUCGAAGACAAAGCCACCUGGAGACACCGGGGCGGCGUCAUCUGGGCACGAUGGCGCGGGAGGGAAGUUCGUAGGGCCGCGUUGCCGCCAUCUCUUAGGAAGGCAUCUUCCAGUUCUGGUUCUCGGUGCGCCUUCAGCCACCCGCUCUUAGUGUUCAGCCACUCCCGUGGGCCCUCGAGGGGCCGUUCCUGGUCUCCCGGCCUCACGACGGCGCCCCGACCCUCGGGCCCGGCCAGGGAGCGUUCUUGAUCGCGGAGGCUCCGCGGACCCCGGCGGGUAGGGGUGGCGCUGGCCCGCCGCCGGGGUGGCACUUACGAUGGCGCCGCCCCCGGCCCCGCUCCCCGCGCGGGAAGCUAACGGGGCCGGGCGCCAGGGGGGAAAACCCGAGCCCCUGAGCUUCGCGGACGUGGCCGUGUACUUCUCCCCGGAGGAGUGGGGGUGUCUGCGGCCCGCGCAGAGGGCCCUGUACCGGGACGUGAUGCGAGAGACCUACGGCCACCUGGGCGCGCUCGGCUUCCGAGGCACCAAGCCAGCCCUCAUCUCCUGGGUGGAGGAAGAGGCCGAACUGUGGGGUCCAGAUGCCCGGGAUCCUGAGACGGGAGAGUGUCUUAGAGAAGCAGACACAGCAGGUUCCAGAGACAAGGAAGAGAAAGGACAAAGAGAAGGGACCAAGGCACUGGGGAAGAUCCUUUCUGUGGACGCUCAGCCUCCCGGGCUGAUGGCUCUCAAACCCUUUUCUGCUGGGUUUUCUUAUGGUUGGGAGCAGCCAUCGAAGGUGCCUCGCCGGGGUCGCCCACCACUCUGUGCCCAUCCCCCGGUCCCCAGGGCAGACCAGAGGCACGGUUGCUACAUGUGCGGGAAGAGUUUCGCUUGGCGCUCCACCCUGGUGGAGCAUCUGUACACCCACACAGGCGAGAAGCCCUUUAGUUGCCCUGACUGUGGCAAGGGCUUCAGCCAGGCCUCCUCUCUGAGCAAGCACCGGGCCAUCCACCGAGGGGAGCGGCCCCACCGCUGCCCGGACUGUGGCCGGGCCUUCACCCAGCGUUCCGCCCUCACCACCCACCUCCGGGUCCACACGGGCGAGAAGCCCUACAGCUGUGCUGACUGCGGCCGCUGCUUCAGCCAGAGCUCCGCCCUCUACCAGCACCAGCGGGUCCACAGCGGCGAGACCCCCUUCCCGUGCCCAGACUGUGGCCGCGCCUUCGCCCACGCCUCAGACCUUCGGCGCCACGUGCGCACCCACACGGGCGAGAAGCCCUAUCCGUGCCCAGAUUGCGGGCGCUGCUUCCGGCAGAGCUCCGAGAUGGCGGCCCACCGGCGAACCCACAGCGGCGAGCGCCCUUACGCCUGUCCGCAAUGCGGCAGGUGCUUCGGCCAGAAGUCAGCCAUGGCCAAGCACCAGUGGGUCCAUCGGCCCGGGGCGGGGCGGCGCAGGGGCCGGGGUGCCAGUGGGUUGCCUGUGCCUCUGGCCUCUGGCCGAGGGGACCUGGACCCACCCGUGGGCUUCCAGCACUACCCAGAGAUAUUCCAGGAGUGUGGGUGAUGGCCUCAACGGUGACAAGGCAAAGGGUGAAGAUAUAGACAUUGUCUGAGGCCCAGGGUGGCCUCAGGGGCCUGAAACUCCAGCAACUCCGGGGAGGCCACAGAAGUCCCAGCCAGAGCUGGACCUGGGGGAGGAGGACUGUUUCAUCUUAGGCCCUCACGAGCUUCAUCUGCUGAUACCUUGUUCCCUACUGUCCCAGACUCUAGAAGCCCCCUUUGCUGAGUUAGGGCUGAGGUUAGAACCCCCACUAGACUUCCACUGUGGGGAAGAAAAGGCUGUUUCUAAGAGGAUUGAGGUGGAGAACUUUGUUUUACCCACUGACUUUACUGCAGAAGUUAAAAACUGAUGGCCGGGUACCGAAUGUGGUCACAUUCAGGACUGAAUGUGGUCUGUAGCAGCCUUUUAAAAUAUAUAUAUUUUUUAGCCCAGCCAGCAUUUUUAAAUGUUAUGAAUUAUUGGUUAACAUUUAAAAAUGAGGAUAUUUCACACAAAAAACCAGGUUUCUGGCCUCUCUUGAAAAAUCCAAAGAUUUGGCAACUCCACCUGAGCUCCCACAAAACCACAAUUGGUGGGAGCUGAGGGGCAGUUGCCCCUUUGGAUGGAGACCAGGCUCUCCAGUUCAGCAUGCCCGCCACUCCUUAUCACCUCCUGACCAGUGUCAGCUGGCACUCAUCAUGGCUCGCCAACAUCUCUGGCAAAGCAGGCCCUCUCCAUCUGGCAUUUUUCUACUCAUUUACAUGACCUGUUGGGUUCCUGUAGUCAUUUGAGUUUGCAAACUGUAGUCUACAGCAUUCAAUUGUUCUUGAAUCAGGGAUUCAGGUAGAGAGCAUAUUUGUGAAAGGGUGGCAGGAGAGAAGUAAAAGGAGGCUUUAUGUUA